UCUAAACAUUUAGCAGAUCCAAAAAGCUGAUUUAAAGCGUAAGAAAAGCCAGAGAAUUGGGCAAAUUUGCCUUUGUUCCUUCAGGACAGAGAGGACUCCGUGAAAACGGGUUGCAAUGUGCGUAGCGUCUUGCCUUUUCGAUUGUCGCGUGCCAGAAACAACACGAUUCCUCUUACAACUAUGAGAUAACUUGCUCAAAAAAGAUGGACAACUGAUGAAACACGAAACAGAAAGGCGUGUGUUGUAGAUGGGGAUGUGUUUCAUGUGUGCUUCUCAUGUAGACCACAUGGGGUAAGAGGUAUCUGGAAGUUGCCGCGCUAUAACGAGGAGCAUCACUGGACACUCGAGACGCGCAUCGUCCUGUCCCGCAUUCAGAUGAUGAACGGAUAUUUGAUGCGCUAGAAAAUUCGCUCACCACUGCCUGGAUUGUGCCAUGCACCAUAUUUGACCCCUCUUGUACCAUAAGAAUUAAUUGCAAUGGAUUUUCCCUUAAACUUCAAAUGCAUGCCGUAUUUGAAGUAGGCUAUAGAAAGUUAUGGUGCUUCAGCGGUCGGAAGGAAUGAAAAUCUGUCUGGAUUACAUGCCUUUUAUAAUGUUCCAGACUACGUACAUAGAUUUCACUCAGGCAUCCAGCUAUUUGAAAAGUUGUGUCUGAAAUAAGCGAGCGAUAAAUUUCGUUUCGAGGUGCAGACUAGUAGGCUAUCAAUAACUCUAAUGGAGUUGCCGGUGGUGGUUUUUGCGGUUAUGUGUUGUGUCUCCGUAUGGUCGGACGACAGGAUCAUCUCAGACAGACAUGCAGUCUACUGGAACAGUUCAAACUCCAGGUUCUGGCAGGGGGAAUACACAGUUGCGGUGGCCAUCAAUGACUACCUGGACGUAUACUGUCCAUACUACGAGACCCCUCAACCUCACAGUCGCAUGGAGCGCUACAUCCUAUUCAUGGUCAACCAUGAUGGUUACCUGGCAUGUGAGCACCGCAUGAGGGGCUUUAAACGCUGGGAGUGUAACCGGCCCCAGAGCCCUGACGGACCCCUACGCUUCUCUGAAAAGUUCCAGCUCUUCACCCCCUUCUCGCUCGGCUUCGAGUUCCGCCCAGGACACGAGUACUACUACAUAUCUUCUCCUCAUCCCAACCAUGCUGGCAAGCCUUGUUUAAAGUUGAAGGUGUAUGUGAAACCUGCAAGUUCGGGUUUUGAGUCUCCAGAGCCCUUCCUGACUGAUCAGAGCCAACGUUACAGAGCAGACGCCCCACUAGCUGUGCUGUUGCUGCUGCUUUCCUUUCUGCUGGACUUCGUCUAGAAGCUCCACAGCAUCCUAGACUGCUUACCGCUUUCCCUCCAUCCAUACUCCCUCAGGGAAGCCCCCUCAUCCAGCCCCCUGCCCCACAGGCUACUCAUCCUAACAGCUUAUCUGUGGACAGAGACAUUUGCCUUACUCUGGGGCUUUAUGCUUACUGGAUAAAUUAGUGGCUGAUGUAAAGCAGUAGCGAGACUUGAAGACCUGGAGUCUGUUGUGGAACGUGACCUUUUAUAUAUGCUGUCAUGUAAUCAACGCUUAUAUUCAUGUGCCAUUUUUCACGGUUCAGGACAUCGCAAUUUUAAUCAAUGGGUUACAAAAGAUUUCAAACACUCAUCUUUUCAUUUACAUUAUACUCAGUCACUAUCUACCCAGAGGUAGGCUCUGUCCCAAUUGGCGAGAUUGAUGUAGUCAACAAGACCGGAGGGUGUCCCAUUUUUAAUUUAAAGGAAUAGAUCAUCCAAAUAUUUAAGUUGUGUCAUCAUUCACUCACCCUCUUGUCAUUCCAAACAUGUAUGACUUUUUUCUGCCAAACAUAAAAAAAAAAUAAUAAUAUUUUAAAUGGCAGUGAAUAGGGAUUCCACUUUAAAGCUUCAAAAAGGAUGUAAAAGUAUCAUAAAAGUAGUCCAUUUAACUCGUACGUCAUAUUCCAAAGCUUCUGAAGGCAUACGAUAUGUUUUGGUAAGAUAUUAUCUGAAAUAUAAUAAAUUCUUGCAGUAAUUUCUACUAAUGAGAGACACUCAUUCUCACUGGAGAAAUUGCAUUGUUUAGCACUGCUGCAGUGAGUAUGCAAGCCAGUUGGAAUAACCUUCUCUCAUGAAAGCAUGGACUACUUUUAUAUUUUUGCAUCCUUUUUGAAGAUUGAAAGCGGAACGGGGAUACUCUUCAAAACAUUUCAUUUUGUGUUUCGCAGAAACAAAAAAGUCAUAUAAGUUUGGAACGUCCUGAGGGUGAGUCAAUGAUGAUAGAAUUAUAAUUUUUGGGUGAACUAUUCCUUUAAUGAUUGAGGAGGGUGCUCAUAAGCACCCCCUUAAUGGCUGCUUUGCACUCUCGUUGUGUUCUUUUGCCGAGCACACCGGUGCAGACUCCACAGCUUACAAAUCUUAGCCUAUGUGGCAAGGUGUAGUCUCAAUUGAGGCCCGUAAAAGCUGAAGGCUCCAUUUGGGACAGGGCCAUAAAGGGUACUUUCUUGAUAACAAAUUACACCAAAGGACUCUCUUCAGAGUUUUAGAUUUUUGCAUUUGAAGGGAGAGAAGAAACAUGUUUUGUGGUAGCCAGCAGCUAGGGAAUUAGUGGUAGACAUUCACAUGCAUGUGAAACACUGUGAAACAGAGAAACUGAUCUUCUGAUAUUGAUGAUAUAUUUUUAUUAAUGAACAAUUUAAGUAGACUCAGAUCUUUUAGCCACCCUACAAGCUCAGCUGGAGGAGACUGGAUCAGACACAGAUGAAUGUCAGUGCUCACUGCUGGCCCUCACCUCUAAACUGUGUAUCUCUGCAGUGGGAUGUGACUCAGAAUCUUAGAAUAAUCACUUUGGUGCAGACCCAAAUGCCACUUAACAAAACUCAGCAUUGGUUUUCUCUCCAGUUCUGUGUGGACAUUUAAAUCACCAAUGUAAGAAGACAGAACUGUGGGCAUGGACAAAAAGGAAAUUGAUUUUUGUAUUCUAUUUCAUGUUAUUUUUGUAGCAUUUAAAAGCAACAUUAAUUAUUCAUGUGAUAUGGAAUGAUUUUAGCGUCUUGAGUGACAGACAAUACAGUGCGUGAGUCAGCAGUCAGACGUAUUCAGAUGGGCAACUCUCUCACUCUUACUGUUGUCAUUGUGAUCUUGUCAAACUGUAUUUAGUAUUUAAAGAGACAGAAAGCAUUCAUUUCCAUCUGAUUUGAUUGUGUCCUCUUUUUCAUGUGACGUUUUGUACAGUCAACAUGUUUUGUCAAACUGAAGAAACAUGCUGAAAUGAAAACAAAAAAAUAAAGCAU